GCUGGGGAGCCUCACUGUGCCGGAACUACACUUCCCACAGUUCUGCGCGCCAUUACGUCACCGCCUCGCUGCUGUUUCUCUCCCGUGUGACAGACAGUCGGGCUGAUUGUGUUGCCGGUAAUAAGAUGGCGGUGUCCCCCGGGCGGGACGUGUUUGCUGAGGGGCUGCUGGAGCUGCUAAAGCCUGCGGUGCAACAGCUCGACUCCCACGUACUGGCCGUCAGGGAGAGCCAAGUGGACCUGCGGGAGCACAUUGACAACCUUGCGUCAGAGCUCUGCAGAAUCAAUGAGGAUCAGAAGGUGGCACUUGACCUGGACCCAUAUGUGAAGAAGCUGCUGAAUGCUCGUCGGAGGGUUGUCCUUGUCAACAACAUUCUGCAGAAUGCACAGGAACGACUGAGGCGUCUCAAUCACAGCGUUGCCAAGGAGACGGCUCGUAGGAGAGCCGUGUUGGAUUCAGGGAGCCACCACCCUCCUGCUUCUCCAAACAAAUGAGAUGUACAGGAGAGAAGGUUUCCUAGAGCUUGGGGGUCUUGUCUCUCCUCCCCGUGGCAAAUGAGAUGGCCUUUCCCAACAUCAUGUUUUUUGGGGCCCAGAUCCAACACUGAGCCCCAAUGUGCAGGACUUAAGUGCCAAUAUUCAACCCGUUCAACUGCACUGGGAGUGUUUCAUGCAGCAAACACUCCUCUAUAAAGCCAUUGCCUCCAGCUCUACCAGUGAGAUGCAUUACCCUCCCAGCAUUCCCUUCUACUGGUCACUGGCCUGACCCUAAGGGGGUUAUUUAUCAAGGUCCGAAUUUAUCUCAAUAUCGGCUGCUACAAAAUCCGAUCUAACCCGUUUUCCACGCUUAUUUAUUAUUACAUUUUCCCGAAAAUUACCUUUGCGGGAACAGCUCAGAAUUUCACAAUUUUUUUCGUGAAUUUUCACCGAAUUUUUCGAAGUUUUCCUCCAAAAGCUCCGAAAACAUAGUGAAAUUGCCCGAAACCCCCGACACAACCAAAAAUCAAUGGGACUGUUCCCAUUGACCUCUAUGUAACCUCGACAGGUUUGAGAUGCCGUGGUUUUAUAUUCGGGCUUUUUAGCCCUCGGGGGUUUAAUAAAUAACGAAAAAUUCGUGAUUUUUUUUUAAAAGUCCGAUUUUAUAAAAAGAAAUCACGAAUUUUUGCGGAUUUCGGGGAAUUUCUCGUAUUCGGAGCUUAAUAAAUAUCCCCCUAAAUGUGUUGUAGAACUUCCUCAGUAACGGAACCGUCCGUGUUCUGGAGCAGGUUUGGUGCUACAGUGGUGACUUUGUAUUGACUUGAUCCAUGUCCCCCUGCUGUGUCCCCUCAAUAUUUAUUUACUAACGAUAACGUUAUGUUGUUAAUGGCGGCUUGUUUGCACUAAACUGGAAUGUUGCUGCUAGUGAAUUCAUGGUUCCUUAUUAUUUGGGACUGACUCUCAGAAUGAUGAGAUUAUCUGCGUGAGCUUCAUCUGCUGCAUUAUAAUAUCUGCUGUUUUAUAGUUGCACUUAUUUGUAUGUCUGUCUGUAUGCACUGCCUUUUAUAUCAGUAGCCUUUUGUGUUUCCUUAUGCUCCUCUAUCAAUGUAUUCAAUAAAUAUCCUUCACUGCCAA